AUGUUUGCCUUAUUUAUAUUUCACGCACUCCAGAAAACCCAUGAAGAAAAUGAUUGCCCUAAUUACCAGUAUGAAGAUGGUGUUUGUGGUCAUUUCAAAAGGGUUGAUGAAGAAGAAUUUAAGGCUUUUGAGAAGCAAUUAAACCUCGAACAUAGAGAUAUCGAAUAUGUGAUGUUGCUCAAAUUGAUUGUAGGGCGGCUAGUGAGUAUUUUGGUAUGUCUUGUUGUAGUGGUUAUUAAGAUGUAA